AUGCACACCCUUGCUGAGUGGAAAGCUAGAAGUUGCGUCGAUUUUUGGAGGUAUCGCUUGGGUGCUAGACGUCAGCAUGGAAAAAGGGGAAUAAUUAGAGUCAAGUAUUUCGGCAAGGGGGGCCGGGCUUGUCCUUAUAGAGCCGAACAUGGGCCUGUUCUUAGGAAGAUGCGGCAAGGGCCGAAGCUUCAGCAAGAUCUCAGGCUUCAGCAAGAGCUUUCAGGAAGAGGCAUUUUGGGGGCUGGGCCUUUGGGCUUCGGUAAAAGCUUCAGUAGAGUCGAAGGGGUUAUGAGCUGGGCUUUCUUGGAGUAUCAUUACGGGCCUACCGUUCGGGAGAGUGGCAUCCUUAGGUGA